AUUAUAAACAAAAGAAGAGGAAAAAAAUGGAUAAUAGUGUAAAGAGUUGCAUGUGCGAUGAAGUUAAAAAAUUGGAACGUAAAACCGAAUUUCAGCAGCCCGUUACGGAAGUAAAUGGAAGUACGUUAUCCGCAACUCGAAACUAUCUACAGGAAAGAAAAAUUUUCGAUUUAUUCCGGUUUCUUCUUGGUCAUUUGAUUGUUAACCGACCGACAGAUCCUAUCGAAUACUUGCAUCAACUACUCGACGAUUGUAUAUUAUUCAGAUCAGGAAAUAAACAUCCACGACUAUUUUGGAUGAAGAGUCAUAUCGAAGCGGUAUUCCAAAAUGUUAAUCCUGGUACCUCGGAUCUUAUAUCGCUCGAUCGUUAUAAAAUUGCAAUGAAAACGUUGGGUAUAUCAUGUUACAACGCUUGUCCCGCUGAACGUAUACCAGGAUACGUAGAUCGAGAAACAUUUUUUGCGGAGGCGUUAAGUUGCUUGGAAAAAGAAUUUGUAACUAUCACAACUGUUCAACAUUCGUAAAAAAUAGUUUAGGAAGAUCAAAUGGAAAAACAGGAAAUGGUACAGUAGGAGAGUACACUCGUUUAUUAUCGUUUUCAUUCUGCAAUAUUCAUAAACGUUCGGUCGCAACACCCACGAACCAGAAUGCAUAUUUUUAUCAUCCUGAAAGACGUAGCAAUGGAAGGAAACAAAGAGCGGACAAAAGGGAGAAAUGAUAAUGGCAGUUGGUGGGGAGAGGAAAGAGAGAAGAAAGAUGAAAGCGAGAAGACAAACGAGUUGAGUCGGAGCAAACGAGUAACCAGCAUCGGUGUGAAAAGAAUAACGGGGAAGGUAGAAAGCGAACAACGGAACGGAACGGAAUGAAAUGGAACGGAAUUGCAUAGCGUACUAGAAAAUAAUCGCGUAUGUACCAGUUGCGUGUCAGAGUUCGUACGAUCGGUCGCAGACGAUCAUUCGGUAGAAAGCGAGCAGAUUUUCACGCGUUCGUCGCACGGUAAGCAUGAUUCUUCGGGUAUAUUCGACGUGGUUAGCUGCGCAUAAACGAUCGUACGAUCGCGCGACUGAAAGGUUCAGUGCAGAAACGAGAGCAAGCAUUUCGCGAGAGUGAAGUGCGCAACAAAGUUGUCCAUAAUCUGUCGAACAUUUUUAACGAACGUUCAUCUUGGACCGUGUCUCGUUAACGAUGGUAAUGG